AUGAAUGUGACAAACAAGAGAGACAAAAUGAUGCGACCACGGGAUCCAAAGAUGAAAACUACACCACGACAGUUCCCGGGUGCAUUUGCACCUUUGCCACGCUCCACCUGGAUAAGUUCACUCGUCCCCUAUGACGACUUUGACCGUGUUUGCCAUAUCAUAUGGAAGAGGACAAAGGAGGCUGAGGAGGGCCGGAGCAGAGGCCAGAGUUCACCUGAGAGUCUGCUGAAGAAAGACUGCAAGGUUAAGGAAAACAAACCAGGGCACAGGUAAGACUGAGCAGGAUGCACGGGGGUCCAGUGACCACUGGAGCUUCCCUACAACAAAAACCCUGAAUGGGAUAAGUGGCCUAUGUUAUUUGAAAUCAAUUAAUACGUUUGUUGGUAGUUAAAAGGGACUCUUAAAGAUUAUCCCCUUGAAUGAGUAGGGUUUUAUAAGUACUACUCAGAUCAGAUCUAACAUUGGGCCUUUGUGUAAAAAUACAAAUUGACCAAGUAACUGCAUCAUUUUUUUCUUUGGUGUGAUAUUAAGUGAUUCCCUCCCAAAGAAUGUGUUAAGCUCUAUCAUAGCUCUGAUAUGAGACAAUAAUAAUAAAAAAUGAAGAAGCUGAAUAAUGUGACCCUAGGGUGACGAAAAAGUUGACUUUUUUAUUCAUCUAAAAGAAGAAUCUAAUAAUUGCAGGUGGUUUUUUAAAGUGUUUGGAUAUCAAAUGAUUAAAUAUUUUCUUCUUAGACGAGGUAUUAAAAGAAAGAGAGAAGUUUGGAGUGACACUGCAACCUUUAAAAAAAUCAUUUUGGCUGUUGUUUGUGCUUAGUAUUGUGCAGUUAUACAAAUGUUGGAGGACUUGAUGAGGCACUAAAAAUAAAACCUCUCCCCUUUUUUAAAGUUAUUAUUGGGGCAUUUUUGUGUUUAUUAGAUCGGACAAUUUAAAUAGGCAGGAAAAGCAGGAAGUAGAAAGUGGUGAACCACAUGCAUUACAGAAUCAUGGCUGGGAGUUGAACCAGCAACCACUGUGAUGAGGACUAAAAGCCUGUGUAUAUGAGCUUCUAAACCAACUUGUACCCCAUAAAAACUUUGUCUUGAGUUGUAAACAGAAAUGCAUAACUAAACAAACCUUUGGAAGCAAACCCAUGUUGGCUCUGAUACUGGCAUUUCUCAUCAAAAAUAAAGAUUUCAAAAAUGUGUUUUUCUGGUUGAAAAUGCCCCAACUUAGAUUGUUGCUUUAAAACAGCCUUGAGCCUGCAGAGUUCUUGGCAAAACUGUGCCUUGCAUGUGGGAUUCAUAAAAACAGCGAUUGCUUGCCACUCUAAUCAAUGUCUUUUAGCAAUUUAAAAUGCCCUUUUCAUUCAUGAAUGGUUGUGGCAGGUGGCUGCUUAACAAUAUCUGUGCUUCUGCUCUUACUCAAGGUUUUAGCCUGUUUAAAGGAAGUUUAUCUACCUUUUCAUUUAAGCCUCAAAGUAGUGGCUGUAUAUUGUAGGGGGAAAAAAACAAGCUGGAUUUAAAUGGUGAAUUGGUGACGUACGAAAUUGUUGCAUGGAUUUUGGAGGGCAGAGGUCAGUCUUUGGUGUUGACCUGUAGCUGCUUUACAAAGUGUUUCUCAUUAGGCAUUCCCACUGUGUCAUCUUCACUACUUAUCUGUCUAAUAUGGAUAUGCCUAUGGGAACAUUUUCAGAUGCAUUGACGGAGUGAUAGUUAAUAAGUCGAGGCCUAUCUGUAACCUGGAUCUUAACAUUUCAUUGUAGAUCAGAUAGACUACUGUGCGGUCACAGACCCACUGUAUAAUGUUAAUGUACACCAUCUGUUCACCGGCCGCCCGGAGCUUCUGUGACGUCCCUGUUAUCAUAACUGUCCCUGGUCUCACUGGACCGUCUGUUCUGCAUCGCGGCCCGACAGGCGACAGGCUGGUGACUAAAGAGUAGCCUCAUUAAAAAGUCAUGGUUUGAAGAAGGUGCCACGCCACACCACAAAUACAGAACGGCACCACAGGCCCUGUGAUAGCUGCUUUUUGAAGCUUUAUCGUAGAUUCAACUUAAAGUCUGAUUAAAAUGGACUAUAAAAAUAAAAAAAUAAAAUGUAUCUACUGAUUAACUUAAUGGCUUUUAUCGUAAAGGGGUUAAAUGGUCAAGUUAGGAUGUUAUGUUCCACCCAAUAAAUUUGAAUUCCCAAAAGCUAUACUAUGCCAUCUUUUAAUGAUAUAUAAAGGCAGACUAAUCCCACUGUGCCUCAGAUAAACCUGUUCCGGGCUUGUUCCUGAUGUGAGUGACCUUUUCCUUAAACUAAAAGAUGAAAAUAGGAAUCAGCUUCCAAAAGAAAUGUCACCUGCUUCGAAAUUUUCCCCCUAAAAAGCUGACUUUAUUCUGAGACAUGAAAAACAGUCUGACUCGGCUUUCAGGCUUUCACUUUCCUCACAGAAAAUUGUUGCUUACAAGACAGCAGGAACAAGCUAACCUUGUAAUCGCAUUUUGGUUUGAUGAACUGUCACGUUUAAAAGAUGUGUUAACCAGGCUACACUCCUACAUAUGUCUGUGUCUUUCUCCCGUUCCCCGUCUAGGAGUGAGGAGCAGCAGAAAAAGACCGAUGAUUUGGGUCCGUACACACAGUAUGAGGAGGACAAGCAGCAGAACACCACUGGUUUCAUCCUUCCUUGCCCUUAUCUCUCAGGCCACAGACAUGUUGCAAAGCCUUCAAGGAUGCCAGGCCUUGAGAUGGAGGGACAGAUGAAACAAUUCAAGGGGGAGGAAAGAGGACAAAGAAAUUUGGUGAGGAACAUAACCUUAAAGUCGAGUUGUCUCUUGAGUCAAUUUACUGUGUUCUUAUUGACCCAGUCUUUAAAAAAACAAGAAAAACAGGAGUUAUAUGAAGAUUUUGUCAUCCUUUCUAUUUUCUCAGGAGAAUUUAGGAGACAAACCCCCCCCUCUGAAGACUUUGGUCCCCCAAUUCAGCAACAGAACACCCAAAAAGAGCUCCACACCUGAAUGUGAACCUCCAGCGAAAAAUCUGGCCCCCUCUGCCCCUGAGCACAACAGCCCAAACCUGCAGAAGAAGAAACGUCCUCCACUUCUAUUAAAGCCAGCAAGACAUACUUGUGAAAGCGAGGAUGAGCUGAGUGUAAGAAGCAGCUCUGACAGCAACUCAAGUGAUGAUGACGAUUCAGUAACUCUACCUGGGGCGCGAACUUGCGCCUCUGAUAGCAGUGGCGAUGACUCAGCGCGUGACAACAAUGACUGCGAGGAAGAACACUCAUCUGAUGAAUUAUGCUUUGACAGUGGGCAGGAUUCCCCGUCUUCUAGCACAGAGCAGCGUUUUCCUCCUCUUCCCACCACCAAAGUCGGUGUUCAACCAUGUCCCACGAAGCCUCGAGCCUCUGGGAAGAUGCGCGGCCUGUGGGAGAUUCCCCUUUCAUUUGCCCCCACUGCCACCCUGGCGAACAGCAUGACCACCCAUGCGCAGGCUCGUGUCCAAAGCAGAGCGGAAGCACUUGAGGCAAACUUGAAAACUAAACUACCACCAGCAGCCCCAGCGCAACAGGAGGCCUACGACCUACUGGCUGACUUCCCAGCUCUGGGGCCUCCAAUGAAGCCUUUGGUGAUGGGUGGAUCUCAUGAUGGGUAUCCCAAGGCCAAAGACGCAAAGGAGAAGAGAGGGAUUACUAACAUACCAAAUCACCGCCAAGAGAGCGGGGCUUCCCAUCAGAGGAGGAGGGAAAAUAUACCCCACAAGGUAUCUCCCAUCUGUGCAGGAGUUCUGAAAUCUGUGCCGGACCUUCAAGCGUUUGGCUCGACCCGCCAAUGCAGCUCUUCCAACAUCGGCUGUGAAGAGAAGACAGCCAAGAACCCGGCAACUCAAAAAGGUAAUAAUCCUGAUAUGUCUGCGCAGCUUUGGCUCUACUAUCUGUUUGUCUGAACAAUCUGGCGAUCAUUACUAUGAUUUUAUGCCAUUCUGAAUACCCCUGAAGCUACCAAUGCACGAACCCAUACAAGUAUCCCCGUCUGAGAGUAUAUUAUUGAUAUAAAUGACACCGUCAGACGAGAUUAAUUAAAGGCAGGGGAGAGACAGAAGCACCUGAGAGCAAAUUUUGCAAAAAUCAGGCUCACACAGUUUCCCUCCUUUUCUUCCAGCCAUUUACGUUCUUUACGUGAAUCACAUUUUUGUUUCCGACACAAAGCAAAUACUUUGGCUUUAGACUUUGAGACUUUCACGACUCCAGAGUCUGUUGAUCGAAAACCAGCCAAAUCUGAACAUCUUUAUCAAUCGGAGGCCAGUGCUCUGUGUCACACAUAAUCCCUGACAAGUCCACCCACAGACUUACGCACGUGCCAACAUUGUGUCUCUCUGCGUAGGUUUUGAAGGCAGCGUGACUUUGAAUGGUGAUGCAGACAAGUACCUUGUCAGUUGGAUGACUCAGUGGGAAAGGUUUUCAUAAUGAGGAGAUAACUGUGCAGAAGCAAACUGAUUUACACCCGCAUUCUGGCCUGCUGGCACAGAACAGAAACAGUAGAAGGAGAUAGAAAAUAAGUCAACAACUAAACCGCACUGUGUUCAUUUAAAGGUCUAAUACGGCUUUAGUUUUUAUAGAGUUGCCGGGCCAUCAUUCCUCUACUUCUCUUGGUCGAUAUGAAUAAAUAAUGCAGGUCAUUUGAGCACAUUUUAAUAAAAAUGUAAUUGAAUAUAAAAAAGAAAAGGUUUCUUUUGUAUUUGUUGCUCAUUUUGGAUUCAACAGCAGGUGCACUUUCGUUAAAGGCAGCCCUGCUUUGCUCAAUAUGUGUGCAUUUAUGAUCCAUAGCGAUGGCAGUCCUCCAGCAGUUUGCAGUCAGUGCUGAUAUGAUAGAAUUUACUCAUAUCAACCCUGUUGAUUCAAUAGCUCUUUGUUGAUUCCCUCAGGCAGGGACUGCAGAUAAUUCCCUCAGCUAAAAAAAAAAAAAAAGACAUAGUGCUAUUAAGCUUUACCCUCUGCUUCCCACUUAACAUGACACAGGCCAGGAUAGACGGCGUGCAUGUGGAAUGGGUUUAGCGCUAAUCCAUGCCCUCUUGCUGUGCAUAUUGCAGUUGCAGGUACAGAUGGCGUGGGUGGUAAUGCCAGGUCCUGGGUUAGCGCUGCCAAGGCGGGCACGAAGCAAGCAGCUGCCCCUCAGGAGAAAGCCAGACCUUGUACCUUUCAGCAGAGAGUUACCAUUAACAGAGCCAAAGGUAAGUUAAAACCUUGGCAUCUUUAUCCACUGUGUGUGUACAUGUGUGUGUGUGUAGAGGGGGGGUGGUUUGGUGUUAUGUUUCACGGUGGGCCACAUGAAGAAUUCAUCACUAUCAUCACCAGUUAAGCGCAUUUAUUUUGCAACACUGCGCUGACGCUUACAGAGUGUCCUAUUACCCUUUAUGCACGGCACUUUAAACAAUUCUGUAUGCAGCGUUUUCAGAGAUAAUAUGUCACUGUCACAUUAAUUAUGUUAUUUGGUUUAUUUAAAAGAUGCAAAUGAGGCUGCAGUUGAGAUUUUUUUUUGUCUCUAUCACACGCUAAUGUGAUCUGUGUCUUUGAUCAAGCCUCACAGCCACACAACAACGAUACAAGUUGUGCCGCUAUGGCACAUUUGAGAUUGGUCUGUAAUUGAUAGGAAUAAUCAACUUAUUUAACAGCACAGAUUAGCGUUUUAGUGUGUUUAGGAGCAAAGAUCAAACAGGACUGUACAGAAAAUAUGCAGUGUAGUGUGCUCUGCAGCUCCUAAACAUCAUGAGUGAACAACCGAAACAAGACGGACUCCAGCACACAGAGACGAAAGCAGUCCUUUGAACUCUUGAGGAGGCGGUAUCAUUAGAAUAGAAAAUUAUAAGAGAAAAAGUUACAGCUCAAAGAAAGAGAACAAGAAACUUCACACUUACAUAAACUCCCCAGGGGCGUCUGCUCUUAAUGAAUAUAUGCAUGCCCAAGACAAGUAAAACAUGGCGAAAGCUGACAUAGAAAGUAUCUAUAAAUUAGAUGACGACUUUAUCUGUGAGUGCCAGAGCUUGUCUUUUUCUACUGGACCACCAAAUAACAUUUUAAAUCAAUCAUUUCCCUUAGGUCCUCAAACAAGAUCAAAAAUAACAAAUCAAAAAUGGCUGUAUCAAACAUUUUCUUUAGUUUUUACUUAUUUAUUUAUUUAUUUACUUUUGUUUGUGACUGGAAAACUUUCCUCGCUCUCAUCAAAUUUAUCUUGACAUCACAGAUCGAGUAAAUUAGUUUAAAUAUUUAUCCCUGCAUCCAGUCUGUCAAAUUAAGUUUCAGAUUUACAGUAUCAGUUUGAAAAUCAAAGAAAGUUGUAACCUAAAUUCAAUAAUCCAGUCAGCUGCCUGUCUGGAGAAGCCGCUGCUCUGAUCCUGUAUGUCUCAAGUAAUCGUUAGAAUUGAUGAUGGACAGUGCACUGUGUCAUGGAUGGUAAUUGUUUUUUCUGUUUUAAUUUUAAAUUAGGGUGUGUGUUUUUUUCCGUGCUCUGCAGUAAAAGACAAGCCAACAAAGUGUUUUAUGAGUAGGACAAAACAGAUUAGGAUACAAUUCAAUAUGGUGCAUUUGAAAAGUUUACUGACUGUUCUUGUUUAAUGAAGGAAAUGGUUUAAAGUUAGAGUGAAACUGGAGAACUGUUGAUCUUAGGAGGCAAAAUAUCACAAAGUAUACAUCACUUCACAUCAGUGAAUUAACAACUACAUGCCUUUAAGAUUAUUAUUGAUAAUAUACGCAUCAUUUGUGUCACUCAACAAGAACUCUCCCUAAUCGUGUCUUUUUGUAGACUCCAACUUACAAAGUGUUACUCAACCAGUGCAGAGACACUUUGAAAGCCCAUACUGUGUUGUGGUUCACUGUUGCUUAAUAUCUGUUUUCUUCAAUUUAUUUGAAGUCCCAUCCACUCAGUUUUUCUCAUCUCGCCUUUUCUAAUCUGCUGCUCUCUCUGUUGAUUGGUUUGAGGUGAAGUGUGUGCAAGUUGUCCCUGGCAUUGCUCUUACUUACCAGAACCAAUUAACAUUGUUAUGGAGUUUCGCCCAAUCUGAAUCAAGUAUUUAACAGCUGGUGAUUACAUAGAAAGAUGGGCAUUAGCUAUUAAAAAAACUGACUGCUCACAUCCAGGUUUAAGAUAGACAGGAGGUUUCCAGAGCUAUCCUCUUUCCUCCCAGUGAUUACUCUACUCUCUUCUUUUUACAGCAAAGAACACAACUUCCCAGAACUUUGCCAACAAUACAGCUUUGUCCCAUCAUGCAGUGCGUCCAGGAAUGAACGCUGUGUUUCAUGGUCCUCGAUACAGCAACCCAAACCAGUUUGUGAAACCUGCUAACAAGUAA